AUGGUCAAUCGUGGCCGACCUUCACGUGACUGUCAACCGUGUAAGAAAAGAAAGCUCCGGUGUGAUUUACAUCGUGAAAGAUGCGGUCAAUGUCGUCGAGCCAACAUCGCUUGCUUCGGCUGGCCUGAUCUCAACCAAUUGAUCAUCCGGGACGAGACAGCCUCUGCCCAGCGAAAAGUCUUGGCUCGGGCCAGCUCCCGAACUUCUGCUCCGUCCUCAGCGUGGGACUACGGGUACCCGUCGGACUCAUCAUCAUUAUCUUGGCCAUCUUCCUCAUCAAGUUCUAGUACGGCGUCAAACACUUCUUCCAUUCCAACGCCAAAUCCAAACCUCCAAGCCACCCAGAUUCCGGAAGAGUCCAGUAAAGGCUUGGAGAUCUCGGCUGCGACCAUUUCCAACCACAUGGGACGAGUGUUGCCUCUUGAACAAUAUGACAAGAUACCCACUCUGCUAUCUCUCUCUUGGGAGGUUCGCGCUCGCGAUGCCUUCUUCUCGCAUUAUGUGUUCGGCUUUUCGCGCAGUCAUGGCGCCUUGCCGCAGUUGUAUGCUGGCUCGUCCGCCACGAGCGUUCUAUCAUCUGCUGUAGACGCUGCAGCUCUGGCAUUCCUGGCCAAACAACAUGAAUUCCCUGGGCAAGCCACAGUCCAUCCGAGUCCAAGCUCCAGCGAGCUAGUAAGUCUCACGAGCAGAAGCUACAUUGUAGCAAUCAAACGUCUGUCGAGUGUACUCGACACAACUCAUUCUAGCCAAGUUGGCAGUUUUGGUGACCAAACACAUGGAGAAGACGCCCGUUCGGAUGCCAUCCUCCAGGCGGUGCUUCUUCUUGAUUUAUGCGAAAAGCUUGCCUGUGUAGGCAGGCGCCCGGUCGGGACUCCAUCUGGCCCUCAAUGCGAUAAAAACAAAAGUAGUAUCGUUAUACAAGGGCCAUGGUUGAGUCACCUGCGUGGCGCCUUGGAUCUGGUCCGCUUCCGUGGUCUUGAAAGAAGAUACUCAUCGCCAACGGCGCGACGGCUGGCCGCUCGGCUUGCCAUGACUUUGGUCAUCAGCUGCGGAGUGGCUGGAGUACAUGUCCCACGUGAACUGGAAGAAUUUCGAAUGGGCCUUUUGCUGCAUCUUGCUGAUACUCCACUUCACAUUGACGAUCGUGGAACUAUCAACCGGAACCUGGUGGAUAGUCGAGUAGAUCCCAAGUUUGCCAUCACGGCCCUGGUUAUCGGUGUUGUGAACCUUGCGGCAGACCUAUCUCAAGAAAAAUGCACACCAGCCGACUUAUUCCAACGAGCUGAUGAAUUAGAUAACCGCCUCGCGGCGAUGGACUGCGAACUCCCAUCUUCAUGGCAGUUUGAACGCAUAUAUACAGAGGAAGAGCUCCCGAUGGUGUAUGGCAACCAUUAUGACAAGUACCGAGAUCACUUUGUGACUCAAGUGCGCAACGUUGCUCGGAGCAUGCGUCUGCUCUUAGUCGAAAUGACAAUGAAGCAUUGCCAUGCUCAUGAUGAUGUGGGUAAUGGCCGUACAAGGACCUUGCGCCUAAUAGACGGCCUGUGUAGUGACAUUUGCGCCGCCGUCCCACAAUUUGUCUGGGUCCAGGCAAGGACCGAGAAUUGCAUCCCGUUUACCCCUCUGCAGUCGCUGCAGUGCUACACUUUGUUGAGUCCAUUAUAUCUGGCUGCUAAGCUGUCGACCCGAGGCAAAAUGCGCACGUGGAUCAUUGGCGUUUUGCAGUUUAUGGCAGGCUGCGGUGGAAUGGAAGCGGCCAAUUCAAUCGCAAACAUUUUGCAAAGUCGUUCUGAUGUAUCAUAUUGGCAAGUCUAUGCCAUGCUGGGGAGUUACGCUUUCGCGGCAUAA